CUUUGACUAGAGAAUAAAAAAAUACUAUUGCAAAACUUCAUAUUAAAAAAUAAAGCUUGAAGAUAUUAACUUGCUCUAAUUGUUAGGGGUCUAUACCACAAUAUGAUUCAAUUUUUCUUUUAUUGAUAUUCAUUUCUGAAUUAAUUUUCAGCAUGAGAAACUAUCGAACUUUCAUGGCAAAAAGCAAAGGAAAAAUACAGUGGAGCCUCGAAUAUUUAAAGAUUUUCAAUACAUACUUCAAUCUUCACUUGGAGGUUUUGGACACAAAAACAAUGAAACAAAUGUUCCUGAUCAACAUAUUGCUGCUGUUACUCCACAUAUUCCUGCUAUAAUUGAUCACAAUAUUCCUGUUAUUGAUAAGCAUAUUGAUUUUAUCAUUCCUUCUAAUGUUUCAAUGUUUGAUCAAUAUGUUGCUGAUUCUGCACCUAUUCAUGUUCCUGCUCUUGGUGGUCCUGCAGAUUCUGGCCCAUAUCAAAAUAUUUCAGCAAUUAUUCUUAAUCAGAAUGAACCUGCUCUUUCUUAUUCUGUCUAUGAUCAAAAUUGUUCUACUGUUACUGAUGCACCUGAUCAAAGUGUGACAGAUAUUACUUCUGCAAUUACUCCUGUUGCAGCUGAGAAUGAUCAUCUAAGUUUUUCUGCUACAACGGUUGCAACUGAAAAAAAUCUUGUUACUUCUGCUGCCACUGAUAAAAAAAAUUGUGCCAUUAUUACUUCAGAACCUAGUGAAAAUGUUCCAGCUGAUUUCAUUUAUGGUGUUACACAUUUCAUAGCUGAUGGAAAAUUGUGUUAUGUUACUCCUCAUGCACAUGAUCAAAAUGUUGUAGCUUAUGGUGAUACACCUUUUCUUGAUGAAAUUUUUUGGGCUACUAAUGGUGCACCAGAUAAAGAUAUUGAUGAUAUUUCAGCUCUGUUGACAGCUAUUGAUCAAGAUAUUCCUGUUUUUGAGAUAAAUAUGUUUAAUCUUUCUAAUGUCCUUCAUGAUACUCCUGCUCAUGCUCCUGCUCCUGCCAAUCAUGAGGACACUAUUGUGAUUGAUGAAGAAAACACCCGUCCCUAGUCAUGCUCCUGCUUCCGGCCGUGCUCAGGAUCACCACAUGUCUACCAUUGAUGAGGAUUUUAUUGUUCCUAAACAAGAGACUGGUGAAGCUCCCCACCCAAUAACCAUAGAUUGGGAAAUGGAAAAACAGCUGAUCAUGGAGACUGCAAAUAAUGCUAUGGAAGAAUUAACAAGGCUUCUUAAAUUGAAUGAGCCUUUCUGGUUUAGAUCUAUAGAAGAUGAGAGAUUCGUUUUUCAACGUGAGACCUAUGACAAGAUUUACCAGAAGAGCAAUUAUUUAAAGGGGCGUCGCAAGCGUACAGAGGCAACAAAAGAUUCAGUUAUAGUGAGCAUGGGUGCUGCACAGUUGGUGGGCAUGUUUCUAGAUUCGGAAAAAUGGAUGAAUCUUUUUCCAACAAUUGUUAAAAAUGCAGUAACAGUGGAAGUAUAUAUGAAGAAGGUUCGAUGGAAAGCAGAAAUGGAGCUUUGCAGUUGGUAUGUAAUUUUGGUAAACAGCAUGUAUGCAUAAAUAGUUUUUUGUUUGGAAUAAAAAAUAGAGAUAAUAGAAGAAGAAGAAUUUUAUACAGAUGAGUGCAAAAAUGCAUAUUCUAUCCUCCUAAUGUUUGGAAGUUUCCAUCUGGAUGCAUGAUUCAGGAACUUACCAAUCACUCCUGCAGGGUUAGUAUAUAAUUAAAUUGCAUUUCUAAAA